CCUCUCUCUGUCCCUCUCUCUCUGUGCUAACUCGUCUUGGCAUUGCUACUUCACGCGCUGCGAAUGUCCUGAACGGUGGUUUAUAGCGCGCGCAGGCGACUCCGCUUUGAUCGAUAUCGAUUGAUUUGAUUGGAUAAGCGCGCGCCCGGGGAAUGAGCCGCUGCAAUGGAAACGGAAGAGGCGCGCGAAGAGAGCGGCCCGGCGAACGAGGAUGACGGAGCCGCGAGUGUGACGGAUGUGUCUGUGGAGGUGGCCACAGUGGAUGGCAUGCUUAAUAAACUAUGUAGGACAUAUUAUGGACCCAGAAGGAGGAGGAAGAAGCUGAAGAAAAAGAAGAAAAAGUUGCUGAACUUGAACUUGCAGCAUCUGGUCAUCAUCAUCACAUCUGUGAUAUUUGUUAUUGUGAUAAUCCUGUGGUCCCUUGUGUGGUAUUUUACAUUUCGGAGAGAAAGUAACAGCGGGGUGUAUUUUGCUGGUAUGUUUCGUGUUGCCAAUGUGGAGUUUAUACCGGAGUACAGGCAUGCAGACUCCAGUGAAUUUGUAUCCAUGGCAAAUCAAAUCCAACAAGUGAUAAGCAACGUAUACAGAUCCUCGUCAGUAUCCAGACUCUACAAACACAACAUCAUAACAGACCUGAGUAACAAUGACAAAGGUGGAGUUCUAGUGCAUUUCUGGAUGAUCUUCAUUGUGCCGAGGCUGAAGACUCCAUCAGUGUGUGAGGAGUGUGUGAAUGCUAUCUUCAGAGACUCAGUGCUCACUUCUUUGAAGAACAGGUCUUCUGUAGGCUUUCUUCUGGGCCUGCCUGUGGACAUUGACUCCAUCUUCAUUAAUGCUGCUCUUCGCACAGACUACACAUCUACUUCAACAGGCUCGGAGUGUGUGGAUAAGCUUUAUGCAGGCCUGCCUGAAGUGAAGGUUCCCCUUAAUGUUUUCUCUUCAUGGGGAGGCCUGAGCUGCCACAUCAAGCUCACAUCUGCUCCUGGUACCAUCAUCCGUCUCACAGUGAACAGCCUGGACAUCGAGCCCACUGACUGCAUUUAUGAUGCCAUCACAGUGUAUGACUCCCUACUGCCCAUGAGGAUCAAGACACUGCACAGACUGUGUGAAUCAGUGCGGGUGCCAAUCUCUCUGGUAUCCACCUCCAAUGUCAUGCUGCUGUCCUUCAGACUCGCUCAGGGAAAUAAGAGCUUCCGAGGUUUCUUCCAGGCCAUCCCCGAGCAGGAGUGUAUCAGUGUGAACAUUGUGCCAGCAUCGUCCACUGUAGCUGGAGAAAUCACUAGCCCCUUUUAUCCCAGUCUGCUCCCCCCUCUGUGCUCCUGCACAUGGAGGCUGAAGACCCCAAGCAGUGCUUUCGGAGUGGCUCUCAAGUUUCAGAAUUACAUUCUUUCACCAAAAGACCUGAUCCCAUGUGAGCAUGGCUGGUGGAAGGUCAAUGAGAACAUAUACUGUGGCACUUAUGUGAGUCACAUGACAGUGUUCCGCAUUCCUGAGGCGAGUGUGGAGGUGGUGUUCCGUUGCAGCUCCCGCAACGCAGAGCAGCCUUUCAGCGCCACCUACAGCAGCUUCAACAUCAGCCAGCCAUGUCCUGAGGGUCAUUUCCUGUGCACCACGGGCUUGUGUGUGGAGAAAGAGCGUCGCUGUGACGGCCUGGAUGACUGUCAGGAUGAGAGUGAUGAGGUCUACUGCUCAAAUCCCAUCAAAAACUGUGGGGGAUCCUCUCCUCUCCAUCCUCUCUAUGUCUGCAAUGGAAAGAACGACUGCCCCAAUGGCAGAGACGAGAGCAACUGCACUCAAGAGACCAGCUGUUCAGGAAUCAGGUAUCAGUGCAGCAGUGGGACCUGUAUCUUGAAGAAGAACGCAAAGUGUGAUGGAGUCUUUGACUGCCUCGACCACAGUGAUGAGAAGGACUGCGCCUGUGGCCGUCCCACUCCUGUAAAGCAUGUGAUUGACAGCGCUCAUCCUCAGGAACGUGUGGUAGGUGGGGUGAAUUCUGUGGAGGGGGAGUGGCCAUGGCAGGUCAGUCUGCAUUUUGCUGGCCACCUGUACUGCGGAGCCUCUGUCAUCUCCAGUGAGUGGCUGGUCUCUGCAGCACACUGCUUCAGCAGAGAGAGUCUGUCAGAUGCCCGCCAGUGGAUGGCCUAUUUGGGCAUGCUGGCCCAGGGUAGUGCCAAGCACGUGGCAGAGAUUCGCCGCAUAGUGGUGCACGAGUAUUACAACGCUCGCACUUUUGACUAUGACAUCGCCCUACUCCAGCUCAGAAAAGCCUGGCCCAGCAACCUGGCCUCCUUUAUCCAGCCUGUCUGUCUACCAUCCGCCUCACUGACCCUCAGUGAUGGACAUCGCUGCUGGGUAACUGGCUGGGGCUAUCGCUCAGAACAGGAUAAGGUACUUCCCACAGUGCUUCAGAAGGCCGAGGUGAAUAUUAUGAGUCAGAGUGAAUGUAAAAGGACAUAUGGUCCCGUAUCGCCCCGCAUGCUCUGUGCAGGUGUUCCCAGUGGGGAGCAGGAUGCUUGCCGGGGCGACUCAGGUGGUCCUCUGGCGUGUCAGGUGUCGGUGGGCGGGCGUUGGUUUCUGACGGGCAUUGUGAGCUGGGGCUCGGGCUGCGGCAGACCCAACUUUCCUGGGGUGUAUACCAGGGUGGCCAAGUUCAUAGACUGGAUAAACAGUCAUACGAACAACUGACAAUUUACACUGUAACACACACAGCCAAGUUUAUUUACUGUUUGCAAUAAAAAUGAUCUUUUAAGGGACUUAAUACCAUAACCAUUGGUAACCUCGACCGUACAGGGAAGUGUGAUAGCCUUGUGUGAUUUAGGGGUUUGUAAUUGUAUUAUACAGUUGUAAGAAAUACCUCUGGAUUCCAAAAGUAUGUUACAGUACAGUACAAUCAGAAUUGUAAUGUUGUUUGUAUUUGGAUAGUGUAAUGAACUUUCUUGCAUGGUGCUGAUUUUGGGGGGCUUGAUUUCCCAUAAUAAUAUGUGUAAAAAUGAAAUAAUAAGUUACAAUAAUAAAAGAUUCA